UGCACCGUACCUGUUCCAGUGUGGCAAAACCUGAAAACGUGGGUGUCAAACUUUCAUUUGAUGAAAAGAUAUGAAUCUAAACUGAUGGGACAGAGAGGCAACAGGUGGUCAUUAUGGUGACUAGGAAGUGGCUGAUUUAUUUCAGUUGCCUCUCCCCGUGGAUGACCCACUCAGUCUUCCUUGUUUACAAACUCCAGGAGGGUCAUGCAUGGUUCACAAGUGAUUCACAGACCGUGAGAGCUGACUCCUGUUGAGUCAACAAGGCCCAGGAUGGCAGAUCUUCACUAGAAUCCAGCAUGUCGAAUUUUUCCUCGAGAAAAAAGUCUCCUACUGGAAACGAUGUGAAGAGCACCCAGGGGGCUGCACUGAGACAACAGGGCUUUCAUGAUGUGAACAAAAGAAGGGCUUUCUUGCAGGAUAACAGCUGGAUAAAGAAACGUCCUGAGGAGGAAAAAGAUGAGAAUUACGGCAGGGUGGUGCUCAGCCGGCACAACUCCCACGACGCCUUGGACAGGAAAACAGCCGAGAGAGAUGAGCCAAAAGCCACGAUUAGCCGGUACAGAUCUGAUGAUGCUCUGGACAGAACACUGUCCACACUUAGGACACCAGAAGCAACCAAGAUGCCAGCUGGUAACUCCCUUCACGCAAACCCCACCAGCACGGCUUCCACUCCGGCUACCACCCCUGUGAAGAAAAAGAGACAGUCCUGGUUCCCACCACCCCCUCCUGGUCACAGCGCCUCUCCAAGCCCAGGAGUGAGCGGAAGGGAUCCAGCUGUUCACCCUCCCAUACCUCCAAAACCCCGCUCUCCCAUUGCAUCUCCUAAACAAUUGAGACAGAGUAACAGGCAGAUACAUGCUGCUACAUCAGGUGCAUACGGAGAAGCCAAUAGACAUUUUGAAAGAAAUAUCAGGACUGAGGACCUCGAUGACAUCAUCAGGGUGGCUGCUUCGCUUCAGAAGACGGACAAGGGUGAAGAACUGGACAAUCUCAUUAGAAUGAACAAAAACUUGAACAGAAAUCAAGGUCUUGACGGCCUCUUCAGAGCAAACCUGAAGGCACAGCAGAUAGACAAAAGAGCCCAGAGUCUUGAAAGUCUCAUCUAUAUGAACACCCAGAUGGACAGAGAUGCCAAAGGCAAUCCAGCCUUUGGAAGUCUUAAGAAAAUCCAUCAAAGGACGGACAAAGAGAAAGGCCAAGGCCUCAGACCAGUUCCCAAAAUGAGUGUCACAGCAGACAAAAGCAGCAGAAGAGGUAGAGAGCUUGAUAAUGUUAUGAAGACCAAGUCCAGAGGACGUGAGAACACCUCUGGGAAACAAGACCUUGAUGGAUUGAUUAAAGUGAAUCCUGAGACACAGACAAAUAUGAAGAGGGGCCAGAGCCUUGAAAACCUGAUCAAAGUCACCCCAGAAGUAAACAAGAGUAACCAUGGGAGUCAAAAUCUUGACAGUUUCAUCAAAGCUGCGCCCACAACCGACAGAGCUGACCAAGGCUAUCAACACGGUCUUGAUGAUCGUAUUACUACGCGUUCCAAAGCUGUCAAACCUACUGCUGGACACCAAGAUCUUGAUAAGUUCAUCAAAGUGAAUCCUGCUGUUCUUGAAAACAAUCAAAGAAACUAUGACCUGGAUGGCAACAUCAGAGGGAACCCUACAGUGACCAGACAAAGCCAAGACUUGGACAACCUUAUUAAAGUGAAGUCUCCUGCUCUCAGAAACACAAAUGGAGACCGGGGCCUAGAAAACUUAACUGAAGUAGAUUCUCAUCUAUCUGAAAAUCAGAAUGGAAGGCUCAAUGGCCAAGUCAAUGGAUUCACCAAAAAUCUACUCAAGGAGUCCACGAGAACCUCUGUCUAUUCUUAUGAGGCCAGAAACAGCCUCAGCUCCAAUGCUGGAACCAGGAAUGUUGGCCCUAAGGACACGGUUGUCUACACAAGGACAUAUGUGGAGAAUAGUAGAUCGCCCAAGGACGGAUAUCAGGAGAAUAUCUCAGGAAAAUAUAUACAAACUGUUUACUCAACUUCAGAUAGGUCUGUCAUUGAAAGAGAUAUGUGCACUUACUGCCGCAAGCCCUUGGGGGUGGAAACCAAGAUGAUUUUAGAUGAGUUGCAGAUCUGCUGCCAUUCCACCUGCUUUAAGUGUGAAAUAUGCAAACGGCCUUUGGAAAAUCUGCAAGCUGGUGACAGUAUCUGGAUUUACAGGCAGACUAUACAUUGUGAGCCCUGCUACUCUAAAGUGAUGGCCAAGUGGAUUCAGUAACACUGAUAAGUGGAAAUGAAGACGAAAAGCCUUCAGUGAAGAAUUUAAAGCUACAUUUUAAGAAUAUAUAAUCUAAAA